AUGAUUUUAUUUACCAAUCGACGAGCCCUUUAUUUUUGUAAUUUUUUUCUUAACAGCAUAACGCCCCACGAAAACUCAAAGCAGAUUCCGAAACGAUCAAAAAAGGGGGGUCUCUCAAAUUUUCACGGAUUAUCGACGCUCACCUGCAACAUGGGUUCUCUCUGUCCAGACCACAGUUUCUCUCUGUAGAAUUUCUCUGGCCUCUGUCUGCACGUAGCUUCCUCCACUCUCUCUCACAGCAGUAUUAUACUUCUGUUUUCUUUUUCACCGUUACUCUGAAAUAUAUCUCGGUAGAAAGACUCAAGAGCUCCGUCUUUAGCCCUACGGUGGAGGUUUUCGCAGGGAGACCUAGUACAUUAUCGUUUUCAUCGGUGGUAGCUUCGCGAUUAGCGAGAUUCCUCCUAUUUUCGUUUCAGAGGGGUUGAAACUUCAACUUUGCACAAAGCCGUAGAUUACAGAGAAAUGAAUGGGGAUGCUUCUGGUGUAGGGGGUGAAAAUUUUGACUGGAACACUGAUGACGAGCUGGAAGUUAAUGAUUUCUCUUUAUCUUCUUGUUCAAGUUUGACACCUCCAAAUGGAGAAGCUGUUGUGGGCUGUGGGGAGGCACGCUCAACUGCUGGUUGUUCCAACUCCAAGUUGAUUGAUCAUUUCAUCGGGAUGGGAUUCUCUAAAAAGAUGGUUUCCAAAGCAAUUCAGGAAAAUGGGGAGGAAAAUACAGAUUCAAUUCUAGAAACCCUCCUUACAUACUCGGCUAUCGAAAGCUCUCCUCGAGGACAGCAUGAUGUCGAUUCUGAUAAUUCCUCUUUAGACAGUGGAGGGAGUUUUCUGGAUGACUUCUCAGAUAUUGAUAGUUCUUCUGACACUGAGGAAAUCAUGAUUCCUGAGUCUGAUGUGGAUGGUAAAUUGUUGUCCUUAGUUAAGAUGGGGUACACAGUGGAUGAGGCUUCAAUAGCAAUAGAGAGAUGUGGUCAGAACUCCUCACUUGUGGAGUUGACAGAUUUUAUCUGUGCUGCUCAAAUGGCUAAGGUGGCUGAUGCACAUUUUCCAGAACUCCCCCUUGAAGUCAAGCCGAAGCUUAAGCAUUGUGAUUUUUCUAAGCAUAAGAAAAGGAAACUUUCUGAUUAUGCGAUGUGGAAAAAGAAAAGGCGGAACGGUGUUCAUGAUGAUGAUGAUGAGACCAUUCAUCUCCCAAAUCCAAUGACUGGAUUUGGUGCACCUGGUGAACCAUGCCAAACAAUAUCUAGAACACUUCCAGAGGCAGCUGUUGGGCCUCCCUUUUUCUAUUAUGAGAAUGUGGCUCUUGCUCCUAAAGGGGUUUGGACCACCAUUUCACGGUUCCUAUAUGAUGUCGAACCAGAAUUUGUUGAUUCAAAAUACUUCUGUGCUGCUGCUAGGAAAAGGGGCUAUGUUCACAAUCUUCCAAUAGAAAACAGAUUUCCUCUUCUUCCGCUUCCACCACGAACCAUUCAUGAGGCAUUACCCUUAACAAGGAAAUGGUGGCCUUCAUGGGAUCAGAGGACAAAGUUGAAUUGCAUACAAACUUGCAUUGGUAGUGCAAAGCUGACAGAGAGGAUUCGCAAGGCACUUGAGGAUUAUGAUGGUGAACCACCUCUGAGAGUUCAGAAGUAUGUACUUGAUGAAUGUCGAAAAUGGAAUCUAGUCUGGGUUGGGAGGAACAAGGUUGCCCCACUUGAGCCUGAUGAAGUAGAAAUGCUUUUAGGUUUCCCAAGGAACCACACAAGGGGAGGUGGAAUAAGUCGAACUGAUAGGUAUAAAUCACUUGGUAACUCAUUCCAGGUUGACACAGUAGCAUACCAUCUAUCGGUCUUGAAAGACAUGUUCCCAGGUGGCAUCAAUCUUCUCUCUCUUUUCUCUGGGAUUGGUGGUGCGGAAGUAGCCCUGCAUCGGCUUGGUAUCCGUCUAAAGAAUGUUGUGUCGGUUGAGAUUUCAGAAGUAAAUAGAAAUAUCCUCAGGUGUUGGUGGGAGCAAACAAACCAGAGAGGGAAUUUGAUUGACCUUGCAGAUGUGCAGCAGUUAAAUGGUGACCGGUUGGAGCAGAUGAUGAGCUCAUUUGGUGGAUUUGAUCUUGUAGUUGGUGGCAGCCCGUGUAAUAAUCUUGCUGGUAGCAACAGGCAUCAUCGAGAUGGACUUGAGGUCUCUUUUAAUAAGGCGAAUAAAGCUACAUUCUGCCCCCCCCCCACAAAACCAAAAAAAAUAAAGGCCACCUUAGAAAAUCUUAUUGGAUAUUUUGUUUUGGGGGCAAGGAGUAGGGUCGGUUCAAGGUGUAGCUUUGCUCCUACUCAGGAAAACACAUGGCUGUGGAGUUCCUGUGGAUUUUUGAUGGUAUACUCUUUAUUCUGGAUGAAGAAGGAUGGCCUUUAUUAUUAUGACCUGCUGGAUGUUUGCUGCUAUCAUCCUCCAUGCUGCUAUCUCUUUGAGGGUCUGGAGGCACUACAUUCUGGGGUCAAAGUUUGUUGCGAAGAAGGGCAAUAUGGCUGUAAGCCACUCUCUCUUUUCUGUUCUCUUGGUUACAUGUCUCAUGGCUCUUUAUAUAUUAGAUAGAUGUAAUAUAUACGAGCGGCUCUGUUCUUGGUCAUGUUUAAUGUUGAUCUGUAGCCCGUGCUGGUCAGGGACUUGGGCAGGGUUGAUUGGAUGACAUAUUUCUUUCUUAGUCCAUGUUGAAGUGUAGAGCUUGUGAAGUAAGUGUUUUGUUUUGUGUGUGUGUGU